UGUGCUGCGACUCUCAGUUACAUCCUUGGGAAAUCCAGGCUGUGCUAAAAUGAGUGGGAGUGGCGCGGAUCUGCAGUUCCAGAGAGCCUGAGUCUUGGUAAGCGAGACUGGAAGCAGUUAAGUGCGCUUUUCCUCAACGUAGAAAGAGGGCCCAUCAAUAUUUAAAAAAUGACGACGCCAAACAAGACACCUCCUGGUGCUGAUCCUAAGCAGUUGGAAAGAACUGGAACAGUAAGGGAAAUUGGGUCACAAGCUGUUUGGUCACUCUCAUCUUGCAAACCAGGAUUUGGAGUGGAUCAGUUACGAGAUGACAAUCUAGAAACUUACUGGCAAUCAGAUGGCUCCCAGCCUCAUUUGGUGAAUAUUCAGUUCAGAAGAAAAACAACAGUGAAGACAUUAUGUAUUUAUGCAGAUUACAAGUCUGAUGAAAGCUAUACACCAAGCAAGAUCUCAGUCAGAGUAGGAAAUAAUUUUCAUAAUCUUCAAGAAAUUCGGCAACUUGAAUUGGUGGAACCAAGUGGCUGGAUUCACGUUCCCUUAACUGAUAAUCACAAGAAGCCAACGCGCACAUUCAUGAUACAGAUUGCUGUUCUAGCCAAUCACCAAAAUGGAAGAGACACCCACAUGAGACAGAUUAAAAUAUACACACCUGUGGAAGAGAGCUCUAUUGGUAAAUUUCCUAGGUGUACCACUACUGAUUUUAUGAUGUAUCGUUCAAUAAGGUGACUUUAAAAUGGAGUAAAAGUGAUUAAACAUGUUUUAUCGUCUCAUUAGAUAUUGAUAUAAUCUGAUAUAGAUAUCUUUAUUGAAAAAUACCAGUUAUUUUGCAAUUUUAUAUAUGUUUAAAAGUAUUUUACUUUGAUAAAUAAAUCAAUUUUUGGUCAUAUUGUCUGUUUUCGUUAACAUAUGAUCAUGCUCACAUAUUUUGUAUUACUAAAUUUGAAGCCAGUCAUAUUUUCUUGUGUUAAAACUAGUUGAACUGAAAAUUUUAAGAUGUACACAAAGAGGUUUUUUUUUUUCCAGCUUUUAUUUUUUUA